AUGGAUGCGACAAUCGGUGACAACAUCACGCUAGAAACGCCAGAGCCAAAGAAGAGGAGGCAAAGCACACAGAGCGCACAACCGAGACGACGAAGCGAACCGAAAAUCACAUUGCCGGCGCUGAGUGAUUUCGCCAGGUCACAUGUCGCAAACUGGUCUCCGCCCGUACCUGUAACGCCCGAAUCGGAAGCAUUACGAAGCUUGAAGAGUGAAUGGAGAAAGCAAUCCCGCGAAGAGCCUGUGUACGAUGGGCCGAGGCCUGAGAAGCAACUUUUGAUUGUGGACCUGCAAGAUUACGAAAUUUAUCGGACACCAGAGAGCGAAUGCAGAGCGUAUGAGCUGACGAGCCUGCACUAUUUGGAGGUUUCGAUCGCGAAGAAGUUGUGCUUCGAUGGCUUCAUCUGCGUGGGAUCGACCAAACACUACGUACAUGCAGUACCAAUUCAGGAUAGCUCUGUCGAGGGCUACGGAGACGAUGAGAAUUCUGGUGUUACUACUUACAUACAGUCUACGUUUGCGAGUAAGGACAAACAUUACGACAUAUGGUACAGACUUGCCAAGCCGGCCCCAGGCUACAAAGAGUUUCAAAAAUCCUUCCUCUGGGUAGCGCAACUGGGAAAGCAUAUUAUCGACUAUGUGGACAGCCAACCCGUGGGAUCAGUCGGGCUCAACGACUUCCGCAAAGACUUCUAUGACUGGCUCUCGCCCCGUUUUGAUCAAUGCGCGGACUUCCAGCAAUGGCAUACUGCUUUCAGACACCAAACUGACUUUCGCGUCGCCGUGCAUGCCUACAUUGAAUACUUCUACAACCAAGCCUUCAAUCUCCCCAACUCGACACAACUGCUUGCUCAUCCUCUCUGGAGCGAGUGCAUGGCUAAAGGGUUAACGGCUGUCAAGGCGCAGAAGCAGAUCAUUGAGCACACCAUCGCCACACCAGAAGUUUAUGAUUGCUUCAAGCACAUGUACUUUGGUGAGCAAAUUCAGGCAAAACGGCCUACCGACACGGUCAGGAUACAACAAGAGCGCAGGAAACGAAGGCUGGGGUUUGCGCAGAGUUUCUGGGCACGGAAACCGACUACUCCGCGACGAAAUGUAUGUCAACCGUACGGUGACUCACCAGUGAAGGUUAGCGAUGUCGUUGCCUUGAUCCCCGACGAGGCUGACGCAACCGUUUGGCGCAACACGACAUGGGAAUGGCUCGCAUACGUCCAGGGUACCGAGUCCUUGGAGGAUGGAACGCAGAGGUUGUUCGUGCUAUGGAUUUAUCGACACCACGAGACGAACAUUUUCAAGGCGGAAUAUCCCUACAAGAACGAGGUCUUCCUAUCGGAUAACUGCAAUUGCUCCGAAGGAGAGCUAUUGUCUACGGACAUCAAGGGGAGGUACGAUUUAGACUGGUCACCAUCUACUAUCGACGCUGAGCGCUUUUUCGUUCGGCAAACCUACGUCACACAAGACAGUGCAUUUGUCAGUCUUCGAUCUUCACACAAGACUUGCACGUGUCGGAAGGAAAAGCGCACAUUCGUCGAUGAUUACUGUCGAGGCGACACGGUAUAUCUAUCAAGGACCCGCAACAGAGACAAGUUCCUGGAUCCAGCCGUCUUUCAACACCUUGACCGCGCCAAGGGGAUUGUCAGAGUGCGAAGACUGUUACGACUGGAACGCGACUGCAGAGAACUAGCAGCCAAAGCUCGGCGCUUGAAUCUCUUGGCCAAUGAGCUUGUCCUCACGGACGAAUACGAAGACGUGUCCAUUUCCCGCAUCCAGAGGCGCUGCUAUGUCAAGUUCGUGAGUAAGUCUGACGUCCAGAACGGACAGAUACCUUUCACGUACAAUCGUGGCGGUGCUGGUGAUCUCUGGUUUUUGUCUAUGGGAUUGACUGGCGUGGAAGGCGAUCAGAAACUCAUCUUUCUGCGGAAUCUUCCGAAGACAUUCAACGAGGGCCCUGACAUGGCUUCUGCUAAUUCAUUGAGAGGAAUGAGUAUCUUCAGUGGCGGCGGCUCGCUUGAUCGAGGCCUUGAAGAAGGUGGAGCAGUUACCUUCCACUCCGCUGUCGACUUCAGUCCCCAUGCCAUCCACACUCAGCGAGCUAACUCGAAGAGCCCGAAGACGAUGCAUCUGUUCUGUGGCUCCGUCGAUGAUCACUUUGACGCAGCUCUCAAGGGUAAUAAACCUGACCUUGUCCCUCGGGUCGGAGAAGUCGACUUCCUUGCUGCUGGAUCGCCAUGUCCUGGGUUCUCAGCUCUUCAGCAUAAUAUUCUCAGUCCGCAGUCCCUGAAGAAUGCGUCACAUAUUAGCACCUUCUGCUCGUAUGUGGAUCUGUAUCGCCCUUUGUACGGUAUACUCGAAAACGUCGUCAACAUGGCUUCAACACGGACUGGAUUUGAAGACCAGAACGUGUUAUCUCAGGUUGUUGCUUCACUCGUAUCAAUGGGAUAUCAGUGUAAUCAGUACAUCAUGGACGCUUGGAGUUACGGCAGCGCGCAACAGCGUUCACGCCUGAUCCUCACCAUAGCUGCACCCGGACUUGAGCCAAUUGCCCAACCUUGGCACACCCACGCGCGGCCUUACGAGGAGACGGCGGGACGAAGCUUAGGUUAUCUACCCAACGGACAGAAAUUUGGUGAACGCGAGCACUACCCAACGCCUUUUCCGUAUGUACCAGCGGUUUCCGUCGAUGCGGAACUACCCGACAUUGGCAAUGGUAUCGUACAGACUUGUAUUCCGUUCCCAGACCACCGCUUACCGCAAGUACCAACGCGUAAGCAACGAGCAUUGGUCAGAUGCAUUCCACGACAGCCUCCGGGCUGUGACUACAAAGAAGCAGAUAGACGUGGUCUGAUUCCGACUUCGCUACGAGACCCAAGGACCGACAUUGGAAAAGCGUACCGACGGAUCAAAGCAGCGGGAUUGGUACCGACUAUCACAACAAAUAUAGUCAUCCGAGAUUCUCGAAAUGGCGCUACAUUGCAUUGGGAUCAACAUCGGUCUAUCAGUGUACUGGAGGCACGUCGGACCCAGGGCUAUAUGGACGAAGAGCCCAUCAUUGGCUCCCUCUCGGAGCAAUACAAAAUUGUUGGCAAUGGGGUGGACCGUAAGGUUGCUUUUGCCAUGGGUCUGUCUCUACUACAGGCCGUCCAGAAGAACGAGUUGGGGUUUACUGCGAACGGAACGACGCAGAACUCAGCUGAGGUGGUGGACGCAACUAGCGACGCUGAAACGUCACAAAUCGAGAAGAGUGUCAAGAAGCCCAGACCUCAAUCUAAAGCACAGGAUAUAUCGCCUUCUCAGAAGGAACAUCGCCGCAGGAGUUCCGGACCGGUGGUGAUGAUACCUGGACGACGGCAAACCGAUGGUGCUACUUCGACUGUGAACAGUACUCCGGGGCCAUCUAGAAGGAAUGCGAGCAUGCCUAAUGGCGCAAUCAGCGAAACUUCACAGACUCCAACUAUAUCACAACCCAAUGCCUCGGUUCCCCAAACAACCGGCUUCUUCUCUCGACUUUCCAAAUCUCUCGCUGCUGGCGAAGAAAUCUGUGUUCUCGCAUCGAAGCGGCAGUGUGAGUUCGACGAGCUCGAGUAA